UCUAUUUCUGUUACCUUUCUCUCUCUAAUUUCUCUUUACCUUGGUCAUGCAGUUGAGCCAGACAAUUUAACGAACAUCUUACACACCCCUACUCUCUCUCUCUCUCUUACACACACACACACACACUACUCUCCACAAACUCAUCUUCAUCUCCGGCCAAGGCUGCCGAUUUCAGAGCAUGCUAAAACAAAAAAAUCCCGCGAAAUCCAAACAAAACACCCACUUCGCCGCCCGGCGAUACAUUCAUUUCCCGCUAAAAUAAUGGACGAACCCCAAAACCCAUAAAUACAAUGCACCAUAAAUACAAACCCAUUACAUUACUGGUCAUUUCUUAACAAUCAUCACCACCACCACUUCCGAUAAUGGCUUCAGCUAAUUCCACCCCCGGCGGCGACCCCUUCCCGUCGGUGGACGAGCUGGCGGCUAAGGCCGUGAACAAGCGCUACGAAGGCCUCGUGACCGUCCGAAAGAAGGCCAUAAAGGGGAAAGGCGCUUGGUACUGGGCACACCUUGAGCCCAUUCUCAUCCGCAACCCGACCACCAACCACCCCAAGGCCGUCAAGCUCAAGUGCUCCCUCUGCGACGCCGUUUUCUCCGCCUCCAACCCCUCCCGAACCGCCACCGAGCACCUCAAGCGCGGCACGUGUCCCAACAUCGCCUCCGUCCUCCGCCCCAACACCAACGCCAACGCCAAUUCCCUCUCGCCUCUGCCGCUCUCCUCGCUGCCGUCUCCGUCGUCUCAUAACCACCGGAAACGCCCCGCUGCUCAACUACAGGCGAUGGCGGCGGCGGCGGCGGCGACGACGACUACGACUGCUUUGGAAGUUCAUUCUCUCGCGAUGAUCGAGCCCGCGAGGUAUUGCGGGGAGUUUGGUGGAGCGAGUCAUACUGGAUUAUACCCACACCAUAAUCACAACCAUAACCAGAACCACCAUAAUCAUAACCAACUGGUGUUGUCCGGCGGGAAAGAGGAUUUGGGGGCGCUGGCGAUGCUUGAGAACAGCGUUAAGAAGCUGAAGAGUCCGAAGUCGCCUCCGGGGAUGGUUCUGAGCAAGGACCAGAUCGACUCGGCGAUCGAAUUGCUCGCCGAGUGGUUCUACGAGUCGUGCGGUUCGGUCUCGCUCUCCAGCCUCGAAAACCCUAAGUUCCGAGCCUUCCUCAACCAUGUUGGCUUGCCGGCCGUUUCUCACCGUGAGUUAGCCGGUCCUCGCCUCGACGCCAAGUUCGACGAGGCCAAGGCCGAGUCGGAGGCGAGAAUCGAGGACGCCAUGUUCUUCCAGGUCGCCUCCAGUGGGUGGAAGAGCAACAGCUUCUUCUUCUGCGGCGGCGGGGAAGAGAAUCUUGUUAAGUUCACUGUGAAUCUUCCCAACCGGACGAGCGUUUUCCACAAGGCGGUAUUCACCGGCGGACCAGUUUCGUCGAAAUACGCUGAGGAGAUUUUGUGGGAUUCUGUUCUGGGAAUAUGUGGAAGUGGGAGUGCUAGUUCUGUUCAACGCUGUGUGGGGAUAGUUGCAGACAAGUAUAAGGCCAAGGCUUUGAAGAAUCUGGAGAUUCAGAAUCACUGGAUGGUGAAUCUUUCGUGUCAGCUUCAGGGGUUCAUCAGCUUGAUCAAGGAUUUCAACAAGGAUUUUCCGCUCUUCAGAAUCGUCACCGAGAAUUGCCUCAAGGUUGCGAAUUUUGUAAACGCAGAGUCUCAAGUGAGGAGUGUUUUUCAAAAGUACAAGAUGCAGGAGCUCGAAUGCUGCACCGGCCUGCUCCGAGCCCCUUCGAUCAAGUGCGAUACGUCAAAGAACUUUGCGCCGGUUUUCGCCAUGCUGGAGGACUUGCUGAGCUGCUCCCGGGUGCUCCAGAUGGUCGUUUUGGACGAUUCGUGCAAGGCGGUUUUCGUGGAGGAUCCGUUGGCUCGGGACGUCGCGAGGAUGGUUCAGAGUGAGAGCUUUUGGAAUGAAUUGGAGGCGGUUUAUUCGCUUGUGAAGAUGAUCAGAGGAAUGGCUCAGGAGAUUGAGGCUGAGAGGCCUUUGGUUGGGCAAUGCUUACCUCUUUGGGAGGACUUAAGAACAAAAAUUAAAGAAUGGUGUGCUAAAUGCAGCAUAGCUCAAGAACCAGUUGAGAAAAUCGUCGAAAACCGGUUCCGAAAAAUGUACCACCCGGCAAUGGCUGCUGCUUUUAUACUAGACCCUCUUAACUUGAUUAGGGACACAAGUGGGAAGUACCUCCCACCAUUCAAAUGCUUGACUCAUGAACAAGAAAAGGAUGUUGAUAAGCUCAUAACCAGGUUGGUCAGUAGAGAAGAAGCUCAUAUUGCCUUAAUGGAGUUCAUGAAAUGGAGGUCAGAAGGAUUAGACCCUCUUUACGCUCAAGCUGUACAGGUCAAACAGAGAGACCCCGUGACUGGAAAGAUGAAAAUUGCAAACCCCCAAAGCAGUAGACUUGUGUGGGAGACUUGCUUAAGCGAGUUUAAGUCAUUGGGAAAGGUUGCCAUUAGGCUUAUCUUCCUGCAAGCAACCUCAUGCGGGUUUAAGUGCAAUUGGUCUUUCAUGAAAUGGAUUUGUGUGCAUAGACACUCGCGGGUAGGCCUAGAGAGAGCUCAGAAGAUGAUAUUUGUGGCAGCUCAUGCCAAGCUCGAAAGACGCGAUCUAUCCAACGAAGAAGAGAGAGAUGCGGAGCUUUUCGCCAGUGCAGGCAUCGAUCACGACGACAUGCUCAAUGAGGUCUUUGCUGAUGCACACUCAGUAGGGUUUGCUUGAACUGGUUGGUGGAUGGAAAACCAGACUUCGAGUCAUCACAUGGGUCAACCUCGGAAGAAGUCGAGCAAGAAUCUUUGUAGCUGAAGAAGCAUUCCUUGCUGAUUUAAUUCGGCAUAUCUCCUGGUGCGUGUGUCUGUUACAGAAAAUUUGAGAGCCCCACCAUGAGGAGAGGAUGUCCAUCUCAGAUUUUUCGGUUGUCAUGGUCAACAGAA